UUCAGUGUAUGCCAGGACAGCUGCCUUUAUAAGCCAGCCCGGUGCUGACAGUGUGGUCACUCAGAGCCGAGUCAUCGACGUACCUGUCCGCUUCAGCUGAGCACCCAGAACGCAGCAACAUGCCUACCGAAUACCCAGCCUUGACCACUGAGCAGAAGAAGGAGCUCCAUGAAAUCGCACAGAAAAUCGUGGCCACCGGCAAGGGCAUCCUGGCCGCUGAUGAGUCCACAGGCAGCAUUGCCAAGCGUCUGACCUCCAUUGGUGUAGAGAACACCGAGGAGAACCGCCGCUUCUACCGCCAGUUGUUGUUCACCGCUGACGACAGAGUAAACCCCUGCAUUGGUGGCGUCAUCCUGUUCCACGAGACUCUCUACCACAAGGCAGACAGUGGCGACCUCUUUACCAAGGUCAUCAAGAACAAAGGAGGCCUUGUGGGAAUCAAGGUUGACAAAGGUGUUGUCCCACUGGCUGGAACCAACGGAGAGACCACAACACAGGGUCUGGAUGGCCUGUCUGAGCGUUGUGCCCAGUACAAGAAGGACGGCGCUGACUUCGCCAAGUGGCGUUGUGUGCUGAAGAUCUCUGACCACACCCCCUCUCGUCUCGCCAUCGUUGAGAAUGCCAACGUGCUUGCACGUUAUGCCAGCAUUUGCCAACAGAACGGCAUUGUCCCCAUUGUGGAGCCCGAGGUUCUUCCUGACGGUGACCAUGAUCUGAAGAGGUGCCAGUACGUCACUGAGAAGGUCCUGGCUGCUGUGUACAAGGCCCUCAGCGACCACCACGUCUACUUGGAGGGAACUCUCCUUAAACCCAACAUGGUGACCCCCGGCCAUGCCUGCACCAAGAAGUACGCACAUGAAGAGGUUGCCAUUGCAACAGUCACCGCCCUGAGGCGCACCGUGCCACCCGCAGUCACCGGUAUCACCUUCCUGUCCGGAGGUCAGAGUGAGGAGGAGGCUACCAUUCACCUGAAUGCCAUCAACAAGUGCCCCCUGCAAAAGCCCUGGGCCCUGACCUUCUCUUUCGGACGUGCCCUCCAAGCCUCUGCCCUUAAAUCCUGGGGCGGAAAGAAGGAGAACGUCAAGAACGCCCAAGAGGAAUAUACCAAGCGUGCACUGGCCAACAGCCUGGCUUGCCAAGGAAAGUACGUUGCCACUGGACACGGCGGAGCAGCUGCUGGAGAGUCCCUCUUCGUCUCCAACCAUGCCUAUUAAAGUCUCCCUCUUCUUUGUGGUGGUGUCACUGGAGGCUGCUUGCGUCUGUGUAGUGUGAGGCCCCUCCCCCUCUGCAGAGCGUUGAUUCACUUCCUGCUAGACCGGACCUGCAGAGCGUUACACGGUUACCCUCUCCCCCACCCUUUUCCCUCAUGGAGCUCGGCCCGCUCUGCUGACACCUGCAGGGGCUUGCAGAGGGUGUGAUUGGUGAGCGCAGGGGACCCGGCUUGUCUGAGUGAGUGAUAGAGUGUGCUCACGUCUUUGUACUGCGUCCAUCUUCUGUCCCUGUCUUCGGCUCUGAGUCACCGUAUUUAUGUCACUGCUGGGUAAAUCUCAAUAAAGCAGAUAGAUGAACCACAA